CCCCAGCUGCCCAGCCGCCCCCUGCUCUCCCUGGAAUGCCGGGAUCUCUUGGGACAGCUCUUGGAAAGGGACCCUUUGAAGCGCAUCUCCUUCGAGCGCUUCUUUGCCCACCCCUUUGUGGAUAUGGAGCACGUCCCUGGCCCCGAGAGCCUCUGCAAGGCGACCGACCUGGUGGUGGAAGCAGUGAAAAAGGAUCAGGAAGGAGAUGCCUCUGCUGCCCUCUCCCUCUACUGCAAAGCCCUGGAGUACUUUGUGCCUGCUCUGCACUAUGAGACUGAUGCUCGCCGGAAAGAAGCCAUCAGAGCCAAGGUGGGGCAGUACAUCUCCCGAGCGGAGGAGCUGAAGGCAUUGGUCACCUCCAGCAGCAAGAACCUCCUGCAGAGAGGCUCCCCCUUUGCAGAGAUGGCCAAGGACAAGCCCCGGCUCUGCGCUGCGCUGGAGGUGGCUUCUGCUGCCAUCGCUAAGGAGGAGGAAGGCAAAGACGACGGUGACACCCUGGAGCUGUACCAGCAGAGCCUGGGGGAGCUGCUGCUCCUCCUGGCCGGUGAGCCUGCGGGGAGGCGCCGGGAGCUGCUGCACUCCGAGAUCCAGACCCUGAUGUCUCGAGCUGAGUACCUGAAAGAUCAGAUGAAGAUGCGGGAGGCACAGUCCAUGGGGCAGGAAGCAAUCUCCUCCUGUACCAGGGAGCUUUGCUCAGCCCAGCAUGGCCUGAUCCAGCAUCCCUGCUGUAGUAGUAAUAAUAACAAAUAA